GAUAAGAAAUUUCCCAUUCUAACAGUGAUUUCGGUCCGGAAUGGAAGUUGUCUGAUCUCCAGUCUGAAAUAUUCGAAAUAUAUUUUUUUAUCAUCGUAAAACACAGAGAUAAAUCUCAAACAUUUUGAGUCCAAGAAAUAGAAACACAACAAACUAAAUAAAACAAACAGAUUGCCCAAGAAUGGCUGAAGUAUUGGAGCACCUUCGGCAAAAAGAAAAAUGGCCCAGGCGCAGGCCCAGGCCAAGGCUCGAGCUUGCCGGGUGCCGCUUCACCGUAAGCCGCAGCUCGUAAAUAUGGGUAUGCCCACGAACAGAUUGGAUGUGCAAUAUCCACCAAAUGCCCAAAUCCAGGUGCGAUCGGGACGCAGUCGUCGCCUGUCGGCGGGAGUCCAUAACAAUCAACGUUUCGGUGAGUCCACACCACUUGUGGCAGGUCUCGCUAUGGCAGCACCCACUUCACUUCCGAAUAAAUGUUCUGCGAAGAGGAGUUUUCUGCCACGCGUCGCUGGACUCCCCCGCCGAGUCCAGCCAAACGUUGCAACGUUGAAAGAAUUCAAGACGCCACUGGCCCGGCCUGUGCCCAAAAAGAAUAUGCCACGCCCCAAAGCCCAACAACUGGCGGUGCUGAACAAUAGUAAUGUCAGCGGCACCAGCGGCAGUGGCAACAACGGGGAGCUGAUCGCUCAGGUCGGUAUGCCGGAGGCUGAUUCGGAGGCGGAGGUGCCCACCUGGGACAAUGUCCAGGAGCUGUUGACUUUUCCCCGAUUGCAUAACAGCAGCUGUGAUCUCCAUCCACGCACCCUUACGGCCAGCUGUGACUCCCUUCAUUCCGAUAAAAAAACUAACGAUGAUUCCACCAACUCCAUUAUGGAAGACAAUUCCGAUAUCGAGGAACUCGAGGCACACACUUGGGAUGAGGAGACCGUGAAGACGUUCAACGAGAGCUGCCAGCAGCUGAACGAGACGGUGACCAACCUCAAGUCGAUAAACGAGCAGAUAGAAGCAUCCGCCGCUUCGAAGGAGCAGAAGAGAAAGCAGAGUCUGUUCAAUGAACACAUGAUCCAGGAGCUGAAGAUGCUGACAAAGAUGAAUAUACAGAUGCAUGGCAAUCUUCAGGCCAUUAUCGGUUCGGUGUUACGCACGGAAGGAGGAGGCCCGUCAGAUGUGCCACCGAAACCACAGAAUCCUGCGGAAACGCCGACCAACAACAACAGCACCACCCCGGGCACCAACGAUUUGAGCCCUAGCGAAUCCUUCUGCAGCUUCUACUCACCGUCCCCCUGCUUCAGAUCCAUCCAAUUCUGCCACGAGGAGGUCAUGGCAUCGGAAGUGCAUAUACCUCGCUUAACGGCCGAGUCCGUGGUAUGUGGCAUUGUCAACGAGUACAUAAUGAUUCGUACGUCGGACUCCGAGUCCGACACCGAUGACGAAAACGAAGUUGAAAAUAAGUCGGAUGCUGAGUCGAUUGAUAUUUUCUAUGAUUUUUCCCAGUAUCCCCCCUUAAUGACUCACGAAGACGAAAAGAAGUCGGAUGCUGAGUCGAUUGAUAUCUUCUAUGAUUUUUCCCAGUAUCCCCCCUUAAUGACUCACGAAGUCGAAAAGAAGUCGGAUGCUGAGUCGAUUGAUAUCUUCUAUGAUUUUUCCCAGUAUCCCCCCUUAAUGACUCACGAAGUCGAAAAGAAGUCGGAUGCUGAGUCGAUUGAUAUCUUCUAUGAUUUUUCCCAGUAUCCCCCCUUAAUGACUCACGAAGACGAAAAGAAGUCGGAUGCUGAGUCGAUUGAUAUCUUCUAUGAUUUUUCCCAGUAUCCCCCCUUAAUGACUUACGAAGUCGAAAAGAAGUCAGAUGCUGAGUCGAUUCAUGUCUUCAUUGAUAUAUCCCAGUUUCCCGACCUAAAGUUCCUCGAAGGCAGCCUAGUGGAGUCGUGGAUGCUGAUUCAAUUGCUAACUUUGGCCCUAACGGUGCAUCCCGGCACCCGGAAAUCCCGCGGACCUGGACUCAAGGUCAACAAGCGAAAGACGACACGUUUGAACGGAAAACGGACAAAGUCUUCCAAAAAGUUCCGCGAUGGCAGCCAAGUGGAGGCGUGGAUGCUGAUUGAAUUGCUAACUUUGGCCCUGACGGUGGAUCGCAGCACCCGGAAAGCCCGUGAACCUGGGCUCAAGGUCAACAAGCGAAAGACGACACGUUUGAACGGAAAACGGACAAAGUCUUCCAAAAAGGUCAACACAAGUCUACGAUUGGCAAGAGUGGAGGCCGACUCCGCAAAGGAUUGCUGUCAAUAAUUGUUCAAGACAAUCCUGAUGGGGUCGCACAGUGGCUCUUGAUCCUCUUGCUGAUCAUGGCCCUGAUCCCGCCGCUCAUUACCCACACCACAAACACUGCACCACAUGACGUUCCCCAAUUUCUUGAUGUUGCUAAUGAUUUUUGCUUCUAAUGUGGUUUUUCAAAAUUUCUUAAAGUUCAGUGAAGUCCCUGGCCCUGGCCAUCGCCCACUUCCAGCCAUUUCGUUUCGCAAACAACAACAAAAAAAGU